AUGUCCGCGUUAUCUUCCCUUUCUAAAUUCCUACCAUCUAUCAACUCUCGUGACAGGCCUACCGACCCUUUACACCAGCUUCGCUUCGUCCUCGACACAAUGCCUAGCUCCAGGAAAUACCUCUUCACAGCAGCGACUCGCGCAGAGAUUCUCUCAGAACUCUAUGACGCGUUCUGGGGAUCGUAUGCUCACCUCUUUCUUCCCAAUUCUAAUUCAAGUCUCCCGCUGCACGCCACACUCAGUCAGGUCCAGUCAUCUUUGGGAUUCUCUGGCGCAGGAAAGGAAGCACCUGUACUACCAGGGAGACCUUGCGGUCACAUUCUCAAGAAGGGAGAGAGUUGUUUCAGAUGCAAGGAUUGCGCUCUGGAUGACAGCUGCGUCCUUUGUCCCAAAUGCUUCCAUGCGACAAAUCACAUUGGACACAACGUCAGUUUUUUCAUUGCCCAGCAAUCUGGUGGAUGCUGUGAUUGUGGUGAUGAGGAGGCAUGGAGAACUCCCAUAGGCUGCCCUUACCAUCCACCACCCACAUCCGAUGACGAUGAAAUGUCUGGUCUUUCCACUCCCAAAGUCACCUCAAAAUCCUUGCAGGAUUCUAUCCCUACUGUAAAAAACUUUCCUGACCGCGUCUUUGUACCUCCAGAUCUUCGUGAGACCAUGAGCAGGACAGUAGGCUAUGCCCUAGACUUCAUUCUUGACACCCUAGAUUUCUCUCCUGAUGAACCUUCUGUCCCCGCCAAUGAGGCAGAUCUCCGUCUCCAACCUUCUGCUGAUCCCGUGCCGAAGGACCAGUUCUGUAUUGUCCUUUGGAACGACGAAAAGCACUCUUUUGACGAGGUGAUCAAACUUCUCUGUGACAAGACCAAUUGCCCGCGCGAUGAGGCCUCCGAAAUUACUCACCGGAUCGAUGAGCAGGGUCGGGAGAUAAUCGAAAUGAGCUCCAACAUACAGAAGCUUCUCGAGACAGCUCAGUCUUUGACCAUCAUUGAUUUGGGUGUCACGGUCCGGAGAGCCUAUGACACAUUCCGAGAACAGGUCGUCUCUGUCAUCAUAGAAUGGCUAUUAGACCUCACCCACAGCCGCCUUGGAAGCGAUACCCUCAUAUUGCGCGAAGUCAUAUCCGAGGAAUUACUUUCGCGUCGCAGGACAUCUUACACAUCAAACCCUCAUGCUCUCCAUUCCCUCCCUGAUAUCUCUGCCGUCCCUACCAGACUUGAUAUAUUGUUCCUCUAUCAUGCUAGGCUCUGGAAGAAGCCUCGCCUGAGCCUGAAAGAGAUCUACACUUCUGUUCUUACUCUCAGCCACCCACAUAAGCUUGCAAUAGCCGGACACUUUGCAAGCGUGUACCAUCGUGUCAUCGAUGCGUACCUCCUCGUUGAUCAUGAAGCAGAGACGUCAAUCAAAUAUUUUGCUUUACAGCUGUUUACGACACCUUCUGUUGCCGCCCAUAUCGUCCGUAACUACAAGCUCGUUUCCCGCCUCCUGGCCAUCAUUACAGCCUUCUUCACAAACCAGAUAACUGAAAAGCAUAUCAUCUAUCCCCCCAUGUCCAUAACGAACAUCGACGUCGAUACUUUUCCUUUCAAAUCUAAACGCUUCAUGCCUGUCUUCAGCGAUCUUCGCUAUCUUUGCCAUAAUGAGCCGGUGCAAAAGAUGAUUGCUCAUAACCGUGAAUUCAUCGUACAAUUCGCCAAGACGUGCCAGCUCUUCAUGUGUAUCAAUCCAAACAAACGAGCUGCUACCAAUCACGUCGAGUAUGAGACAGAUGCAUGGAUUAGCGUUUUCAAUGUAACUUUAUCCCUAUCCCGUGUCAUCAAGGUAUACGGCGAAGCGUUCGCCAAGGCUACUACCGCCGAACUUGCUUCAGCGAUUUCAACCAUUGUUCAUCAUAUUUUGAUGGUGUGUACUCUUGCGGAGGACAGACUCGACAGGACAAAGUAUUCUCCCAUUGCGUUCCACGAAGUGUUCUUCGGGAACGCCGUUUACAACGUCAUACAAUUCGACGUGCUCGAAGGAUGGACAAGUUUUCACCAUUCCCUACACUGGCUACUUGCCGAACUGUUCAAGCAUGUAGACCUAUUGACAGAAGAUCGUUUACGAGAUGUUGGGAUGACGGGCGUUCGUGAUAUCCUCCUGCGACAUGCAAGCGAGCAAGCCAUCUUGACCGUAAUUGACUUCCCUCUCAGAGUUCUUGCUAUGAUUGCACAGAUUCGUACUGGUCUUUGGGUUCGGAAUGGCUUCGCCAUUCGAGGACAACUCCUUCAUUAUCGUGAUUUCAUGCUCAGGGAGCUUUGCUAUGAUCAGGAUAUCUUCAUUCUCCAAGUCGCGCUUGCCGUUCUAGACCCUAACACCGUUAUCGUCACAAUCUUGGACCGGUUCGGGCUCGUGGGCUACUUCUCCGGUGCUUCUUUGCACUCCGUGUACGAAGGCACCCAAUUGACCAGCAUGGUCGAAGAGGUUUUGUACAUAUUUAUAACUAUCCUGAGCGAGGACGCAAAUGCUGGCCGAUUACCCGUUCCAAGCCAGAUUCGUCGCGAAAUCAUUCAUGCGUUAGCCCUUGGCCCAUGUUCGUAUACUGAUCUGGUGAAGAGGGUUGCAGAACGCCUGGUCGAAGAUAUCAAUUUCGAGAAGGUAUUGAAGGAGGUUGCAGUCUUCCGUUCCCCCGAAUCCACGACGGACUGCGGCGUCUAUGAGCUGAAGGAUGAGAUGUACGACGAAGUUAAUCCAUUCUUCUAUCAUUAUACGCGCAACAAGCGGGAAGAGGUGGAAGCCAUUCUUCUCAAUCGCUUGCGGAAGGCAGGACAGUCUGAACCUGUCCUCGUUCCCAAACCAAUGCAAGUCACAGCAGGACCGUUCUCUAUCAUCUCAUCAACAUUCGAGUCUGAGGCGUUAUUACAAGUGAUCUUUUACUCCAUUUUCAAUGUCCUUGUAGCGACGGAUGAAUCUGGAUCGGCCCCGCCUUCUGCAGAAGCUAUCCUUGACCAGAUCCUGCACCUCAUCAUGUUGGCACUUGUGGAGCGUGCCGUCAUUUUCAGCAACCUUUCUGCUGUAAAGACAUUUGAAGGCAGGACUCUCGUCGAUACUCUCUGCGCUCUCGAAUUCCACGACAAAUUCAAGACGUACAAAGCUCGAGUAGGAUGGAUCUUGAACCGCAUGGCACUCCAUGUUCCGCAGGAAGUACAGAGCCGAAGACACAUUCUCGAUAUAACGCUUCCCGCUGCCUCUGAUGUGGAUGAAGCUAGGAAACGUGCUGCGAAAGCAAGGCAAGAAGCUAUCAUGAAGCAAAUGAAAGCCCAGCAAGCUAGUUUCGCAAUUAACUUUGACGACAUUGACGACGAUGAAGAUGAGAUAAUGGAGGAUGCUGAGGAGGAACAAGUUUCCUAUGGGACUUGUAUCGUUUGCCAGGAGGAUCUUAGCGUGCACUCUUCUCGCCUAUUCGGUAUGCUGGGAAUGCUACAGCCGAGUCGUUUUAUUCGACGCCAGCCAGACGGCUUCAACAACACUUUUCUUAAGGAAGCCUUACAGACGCCUGUUUCGCUGGAUCGUUCCGUUCCCCAGGUCAACAACACCUUCCCGCCUCGUGACGCCGAGAUCAAUGAUGCCAAAGCUGGCUUAUCAUCUAAAUUUGAAGGGUUCCCAGCUCAAUAUACUCGCUUUGGCAUGAAUGCAUCAGUGUGUAGCCAUAUGAUGCAUUUAGAUUGCUUCCACGUCUACAGUGUGUCAAUCAGGCAGCGACACAGGGCGCAAGCCACCCGGAGCCACCCCGAGAGCAUUCCUCGGAAAGAAUUCAUAUGUCCACUAUGCAAAAGCCUGGGAAACGUUAUCAUUCCCGUAUCUGCCCCUCCAACAAUUCCCCUAAAUAUCACUCCCUUUCCCGACUGGAUCCGUGCAGCCGGAAUCAAUAUUCUCAAAUCCCGCCCUGACCCAGUCACAAAUUCUCUCCAAUUCCGGACAGGAACAGGGGAAUUUGUAUUUUGGAGUGCUCAGGACCCAGUGUACACGACGACUCUGCGGGGUAUGGAGAAGGCGGAAGGUUCUGAUUCGUUCAAAAUGGUGGAUACAGUCAUGAUAGUAUCCAAGUCGGUUUCCCAACAGACCAGACAUCUGCGGGACCGUCCUGAGCCAGAAUCUUCUGAGCGAGGAGCAGGCCUGUAUCUUCCCGAAGAACUCGUUGGUUAUACCAUUGCGGCCAUGGAAAUCUCUCAGCGAGGCAUAGAGUCACCUACUGGUUUCAUGGUGGAUAAUUUGUCGGAGGCUCAGAUGCGGAUGAUCAGAGGGCUUCUAACAUGUCUGACCCGGCUGUCAGCACUGCACUACAAAGGCCGACCUGAUGAAGGGCGAGACUCUGUGCGGCAAGCUAUUAUCAAACGGCUAUUGCCCGAAUGGAGCCGUAGUUCGCUUACAUCGUUUUCAUAUCCAUUGCUCCUCCGAGAUCCCUUUACCCUUCUCGUCGAGACUGCCGCGGUUGCCCCGGAUAUGCUACGGCAUGUCCUAGUAUUGACGUACUACGCUUGUUUAGCGAGGACAGUUAUCGGUUUAGUAUUCGUGCUAAACAAAAUACGAAGCUACAACUCGACGCCCCCAAUCCAACGAGCGCACGAUGAUAUAUUUGGAGACGUCCGCAUGUUCUUCAUGUCUGUUGUGCGACAUUCACCCGUGUUUGAACACACAGCGACUCUGGCCUUCGAGACUUUUGGAGAGGCCCGCAUGGAGAAACUGAUGUAUUCAUUUACACUUCCCUUCCUCCGAAAGGCCACCAUCUUAUGCCGCUCAGUUCUACCUUCUGCGUUCCCCACCCCCGACCAUAUCGAUGCCAACCAGAGUGAGUACAACAGACUACUCGCUAUGCUUGGAAUUCCCCCACUUUCCGAUCUUCCGAACCAGGACACGCUGCAAAAUGCAUUAUCGGGCUGGUGCGCACACUAUGGCCACUCGCACGCCGCGUCACCUUUGAACUUUGGAGUUCUUCUGGAUACCCCUACUAUAUAUCGUCUUGCACGACUUCCAUUUGUGCUUGACAACUUGUUUGCAGACCGGGAAAAAACGCUGACCUGCGCCAAGUGCAAGACCGUACCUAUCGAUGCUGCGAUAUGCUUACUGUGUGGUGCCACCUGCUGCAUGCAGAGUCACUGCUGCAUGGACAGCGAGUCUGGUGAAGGUCAUGGGGAAUGCAACAUGCAUACCCGAGAAUGCGGUGGGGCGAUUGGAAUAUAUUUCCUCGUCAAACGAUGCUCCCUACUGUAUCUGUAUGCAAAUAACGGAACCUUCUCACAGUCCCCGUAUCUAGAUGUUCAUGGUGAGAUUGACAUAUCAAUGCGACGGGGACGUAGACAAUAUCUGCAUCAUGCACGAUGGGAGGAAGUGCGGAAGACGUGGCUCAAUCAUGGUAUUCCGACUGUUAUAGCACGAAAGCUGGAGAGUACUUUGGACUCGGGAGGUUGGGAGACACUUUGA